GGCAGAUGAAAAAGAACAUCCAGGGAAACAGUUGUCAAUGUCGAUUUGGAUAGAACUGAACGAUCUAAGGAAUCAGUUAAAAUGGAAACCGAGGACCCCGAGGUUGUUGAAAUGGCCUUUUGCCAGCGUCAUAUGAAUCGCUUUGAGGUUCGGAAGUGGGUUGGCUUCGCGAGUUGGUCUUGGGACAUCAAGGUGGACAACUGCGCCAUUUGCCGCAACCUGAUGACGGAUCUGUGCAUCGAGUGCCAGGCCAACCAGGUAUCGGAAUUGGAGGCUGAUUGCAACGUGGCAUGGGGCACGUGCAACCACGCCUACCACUUCCACUGCAUUUCUCGCUGGCUCAAGACGCGUCCAAUUUGUCCUCUAGACAACAAAGAUUGGCAGUUUCAAAAAAUCGGCUACUAAGUUCCCAUCUUAAAUGCAAAUAUUAACAUCGUUAAACCUUUCUAUUUUCACUAUUUAAAUAUGUAAUGCCUUUUCAAAAAAUUGUUGACUCCAAUAAAUGUUGUGGCUAAUUUUAAA